AUGGCUUGCAAAAUCGCUUUGUUCUCCAUCGCACUCUUCCUCCUCAUAACGUUAUCCUACGCGGCUCCUGCAGAAGACAAACCAGCAGAAGCACUAGAAACUCAACCUGCAGGAGAUGACUUGGCCGUAGAUGAUAAGGAGGAUCUCAAAACUGCAGCAUCACAUUGGGGUGGUUAUGGCCAUUAUGGGGGUCACUUUGGAGGUCACUACCCCCACUAUGGUUACUGGGGAUAUCCUAGCUACAGCUAUGGGUAUGGGUACGGAUGGCCCUAUGGUAUUUAUGGAGGAUACGGUGGAUACGGACACCAUGGCUAUUGGUGGUAA